AUGUUUGGAGUAGCUUGGCUUACGUCUCUAAAAUGGAUUCUGGCUAGACAGGUCGUGAUCCCGUUGGACGAAUCGCAUGAGUUCUGCGCACGAAUUAUGGGAGCGCUUUUCCUAGGAACGUAUAUAGCACCCUCCCACGCCCUUCAAUGGAGUAAUAUGAGGGAUCGAAUGGUGGCUGUCGACGCUCGAAUCAUUGCUUGCCUCGGAAUAAUUUCUGCUCAGCUCUGGUCACAAAGUGCCUACCCCGACUUCUGGUCUAGAGGACAUUGGAUCGGCAUCACAUUGUCGGCCACCUGGUGUUUGGUCUCCAUCGCCUAUCGCAUUGCACUCUCCUACACUAUCAAAAUAAAAACAGUGUGA